AUGAGUGUGUUCGGGAAUAUUAUGAGUCUUCAAGAUGUCCUGAAUCGUCUACCUCAAUUUGAACAUCAGGUAACUCGAAUUUAUUUUGGGUGAAAAAUUUGGAUUUUUCUGUGAAAAAUGGUCAAAAAUCACGGUUUUUGGGUCAAAAAUCAUCAAAAUUCUCCAAAUUUUUUGCAGAUCAAUCAAUUGAAUCGAAACCCGCGAGAUUCUCAAAGUAGUCAAGCGAAUUUCGUGCGGCAAGCUCGUGAUCUACACAAACAACUCGACGAGCACCGGAAACGCGCGGAAAACGUGAAAACCGAGGAUAGUUUCAAGAAACGACAAGUUUUGGAUCAAUGCGAGGCGUUGAAGAUGCGUUUGUUGCGGAUUUGUCCGGAAGUUGAGCGAAAUUCAUCGAUUUUGUCGUCGGCACCAACUUCACGGCAUUCUAUUGAAGAGUGGGUUGAAUUUCGUGAAAUUUGGAGUUUUUUGAGUACAAACAUGAUGAAAAUCCGAUUAUUUUGAAGUUUUCAAGAGUUCAACAUAUUUUCAUCGUAUUCUCCAAGCUCAGGGCUCUUUUUAGACACCCAAUUUCAUAUAGUAAUCUCAAAAUUUGAAAAAAACAGAUUUAAGCCACGCCCACUUUUCUGUACCGCAAGAACAGGGAGUUUUCAAGGGUCCAGAAUAUUUUUACCGUAUUCUCCAGGCUCAGGGCUCUUUUUAGACACCCAUUUUCAUAUAGUUAUCUAAAAAUUUGAAAAAAAACAGAUUUAGGCCACGCCCACUUUUCUGUGCCGCAGUUAAAAAAUCGAGAUUUUUCAGAGAAGAACCUGCAAAAGCACCCAAAAAAUCCACAAUGUACGCGGAUUCGGAUUCUUUGGACGCGGAUGCGGAAGACGAAAAACAAGCCACGCCCCCUCCGGAGCCCAAAAAACGGACGCAAAUUGCGAUAACUAAAAAUGAGCCGGAAAUUUGGGAAAAACCUGAAAAUCAGCCAAAACAAAAAGAAGAAGAAGAAGUGGAAGUUGCUGGAAAUACGUUUCAAGUGCUGAAAAACUUGGAGCCCGCCAAAUUUGGUGAUUUGAAAAUUUACGAAGGUGAUAUUUUGGAGAUUCUCGAGACCAGAAAUGAUGGUUGGUGGAUGGCGAAAAAUGGAAAAGAUGAGCAAGGUUGGGUGCCUAAAACAUACCUUAAGCAUUUCCCUAAGCCUAAGGAACGCUCUAAGCUUUCAAAGAGGCUUGGAGUUAGGGAUAGUGUUAUUGCGACAACACAAUUUUUGCGAAGGAAUACUAAACCAUCUGUGCAACCUAUUACUACUAUUGAUGUUUCGACUUUGCUUCCAAACGCUGUGGUAGGUCAAAUUUCGAAUUCUUCUUGAUUUUCUGAAAAUUUUGACACCCAUAUUGCCUAGGUUUCUUGCAAUUUUCUUAAAGGCACAUGGAAUUCACUAUAGCUGGGAUAAUUUGGGUCCCGCCACGAUGCACUUUUAAAUCCAAAAUUUCGUGGUGAAAAAUAUAGCAAAAUGUAGGGAAUUCUGAGCUCUACAAGAUGCAUUGGGUCUCAAAGCGAAAUGUGAACAUUUUUUUAAAGUUCAAAAUUUCCCCUCGAGAUUUAGCUCAUCGUGUAGAGCUCGAAAUUCUGCACAUUUUGCUAUAUUUUUCGCCCCGAGAUCUCUACUUUGAAGGGAGAUCGUGGCGAGACCCAAAUUAUGCGAGCUGGAGUGAAUUCUAUGCGCCUUUAAGAAAAUUUCACGAAACCUAGGCAAUAUGGGUAUCAAAAUUCUCAGAAAAGCGAGGGAUUUACGAAUUUUUAGGUCCCUGGUGUCAAAAAUGACCAAAUUUUUUGCAGACAACCUGGACCGGAAAGCAAAUCACAUGUCUAGGCGAUGCCUAUCGCUGUGACCAUCAUCUAACCUACGCCUGCCAUCUAACUCCUCGUCUCUCUCAUACAAAUCUAGGCUUUCACGAUCUUUUCUGGGUCCAGGAUUUGGACCAGGUCCGAAAGAGGAAUAUCCGGAUUUCCAGGCUUCUAAGGAUUGUCAGGCUUGAGGGAAUGCCUCUGACGUCAUCAAAAGCUAUUGUGAGACUAGCGCUGUUGGACGAGUCACGAAAACGUGGCAAACAAAUUGUGUCGAACGUCGUCACGCAAAUGCCACGCGUCAAAGGUGCCACGUGGCAUCUGACGCGCGCGGAAAGCCGCGCGGAAGAUCAGCGGAGCCUGGAGAAUUCGGAUAUUUUCUUGCGGUCGAAUUAUUCGCUGGCCAGUGUGGUUUUGGUGAUUGAGGCGUCGCUGAUUGUUGCGACUGGAGAAUCGGGAUUCGAGGAGCGAAGUCUGGGAAACAUCAAGAUCGGAUUGUUGAACGAUGAAGGACAGCCCAAGGUAGUUAGCCGAACUUAUGUGGAAGUGUUGAAGCGCGAGAAUUUGUUUGGUAUUAGCGAGGGUUUUGGCGGGGAUUUGGAGCAAAAUGUGGAACGACGUGUGUUUUUCAAAGUUAUGGAUGUGCCGAAGGAUAAAGUGCAUUUUAUGGAGUAAGUUUUGGCCGGGGGAUUGUGUAGUUCUCUCGGACUCUGAAAUUCGUAAUCUCCAUGGUUUUCCAAGAAUUUUGAUACCCAUAUUGCCUAGGUUUCGGGGAAUUUUCUUAAAGGCGCAUAGAAUUCACUACAGCUUGGAUAAUUCGGGUCUCGCCACGAUGAACCUUUAAAUCCAGAAUUUCAGAGUGAAAAAUAUACCGAAAUGUUCAGAAUGUUGAGCUCUACAAAAUGGUCUGGGUCUCUAUGGGAGAUUUUUGAAUUUACAUUUUUAUGUGACCCCUUUCCUUUAAAAAAUUAAAAACAUUUGGGUCUUUUUUUUGCCACGUGGCAUCUCGAAAUUCGUAAUCCCCUCGAUUUCCCGAGAAUUUUGAUACCCAUAUUGCCUAGGUUUCCUGGAAUUUUCUUAAAGGCGCAUAGAAUUCACUACAGCUUGGAUAAUUUGGGUCUCGCCACGAUGCACCUUUAAAUCCAGAAUUUCUGGGUGAAAAAUGUACCAAAAUGUUCAGAAUUUUGAGCUCUACAAGAUGCGAUUGGUCUCGAAUUGAAAUGUAAAAUUUUUCUUAAAUUUUUAUUUUCGCUUCGAGACCCACUACAUCUUGUAGAGCUCAAAAUUCUGCACAUUUUCGUAUAUUUUUCACCUGGAAAUUAUGGGUUUAAAGGGACAUCGUGGUGAGACCCAAAUUCUGCAAGCUGUAGUGAAUUCUAUGCGCCUUUAAGAAAUUUGCAGGAAACCUAGGCAAUAUGGGUAUCAAAAUUCUUGGGAAAAGCUGUGGGUUUCGAAUUUCCACGUGGCACAGCGCUAUGGGACCUCAUUUUUCUCCGAAUUUCCAGCUCAAUGCCCGAUGUGCUUCUUCUGAACUCUCUAUACCUUCCAUUUUUCUACUACUACCGCCGGCGAGCCGGAACCCUUCUGAUUCGCGACAAUCCAAAUCCCCUGAGCUCCGAAAUGCACUCCGAUCCACUUUUAUCGAUUUUUCCCGAAAUUUCCGAUCAACACGACAUCAUGGACGCGAUGCUCCAACUUUGGCGUGCAAAAUCAAAAAUCACCGCGAAAAAAUCGGAGGUCGAUCAAACCAUCGAAUUUUUUCAAACAUUUUUGCACACCGCCUACUUCAUGUUUGCCACACAAAUCAUGCCGAAUUAUGAGAUUGGUGAUGACGUGGCGUUGGCCGGACGACAGAAAGUUAUUCGAACUUUUUUGGAGGCUUUGAAGGUUGGCAAAUUGAAGGAGUUGUUGGCGAUACAAAAGUGUAGACCGUGUAAUAUUUAUGACUAUAGUUUGGAUUUGAUGGGAGCCCACAGUAUUGAUUGA